AUGCGGGGCACCAGGGCCCAGCAAUUGGGCCAGGGUGGGAGAAGAGCCUGCCUGGGGGCUGUUUUCCUACUCUGUUUCAGCCUCUUGCCACUACAUGCCCAGGACUACACGCCCCCGCAAAUAGCCCCACCCAUGCUGGACACCUUGCCCACACCAAAUGGCCCAAAUCCCCUGUCGAUAGUAUGUGGCAAGACCCAAUUCCAAGGGAGGAUCUUUGGCGGUGAGACGGCAAACCCCGAGCGGUGGCCAUGGCAGGCCAGUCUGCUCUUUCGCGGCAAUCAUAUCUGUGGAGCAGUUCUCAUCGACAAAAACUGGAUAGCUGGUGCUGCCCACUGCUUCCAAAGGUCCCAGAAACCAUCUGACUACCGGGUCCUGCUAGGGUACCACAAGCUGGGCAGUCCCACCAAGUACAGCCGGCAGAUGACAGUGAAUGCCAUCAUCUUCCACGAGAACUUUAACAAGUUCUACUUACAGAGGAAUGACAUUGUCCUGAUGCAGCUGCACAAGCCUGUGACAUACAGCUCCCACAUCCUCCCAGCCUGCGUCCCGGAGAACACCACAAAGGUGUCCCUUGGUAGUUCCUGCUGGAUAAGUGGCUGGGGGAUGCUCACAGAGGAUAAGUUCCUGCCAUCACCUUACCCUCUGCAGCAGGCACAGGUCUCCCUUAUGGAUACCAAGAAAUGUGAAACCUUUUUCCAAGCUCCAGAAACCAACUUCAUAAAAUAUAAAGCUAUAAAAGAUGAUAUGUUAUGUGCUGAGGACAUCACCUCAGGAAAAUCCAUCUGCCGAGGAGAUUCGGGGGGCCCCCUUGUCUGCUCACUGAAUGGCUACUGGUAUGUGGUCGGGCUGGCCAGCUGGUUUGCAUCAUGUCUCCAGCCAAUUUCCACCCCCAACAUUUUCACCAAUGUCGCCUACUUUUCUGACUGGAUCAAGAAUAAAAAGCAAGAAACACCUGAUGCCGACCCCUUCUCGGCGCCCCCUGAGGAAAGUGCCCCCACUAUGAUAGGCUGGAGGAGAUAUGUCAGUGAUCCUACCAACAGACCCAGGAUUUGCAUAACUCUGCUGUUUUCUCAAGUCCUCUUUCUGCAAUUGAUUUGUCUCUGGAUUCUAUGCAUGCCCAAGCCCCUGUGUCCCACCAGGCUUCCCGUUCUUCAGUAUCAGAAGGCCACCUCCUCCCUAG